CCUGGCCAGCACCCUUGGCCCCCUGGAAAGCCUCCUGACGACCUGUCCCGCCUGCAGCUCCAACCUCAGGAAGAGCUUCUGCUAUUCCGCUUGCCACCCCAAGCAGUCGAGCUUCCUCCUGCCCACCAAGCUUUAUGAGACCGAGAGCCACACCUCCAUCCUCUCGGUCGACUUCCUCGUGCACAAGAGCUACAGCCCACAGCGCCUUUGCCUCCUGUGAGAACGUGGUCUCGCCGGCUCUGAACUUGCCGGCGCUGGACGUCCUCUGCGGCGACGCUGGGGAGAACUGCACGCCCGAAAAGCUGUUCUCGUACUUCGGCAACAACGAAUUCGCUCCCUUCAACAUCACGUACGUGUGGGCGACCGAGGACCUGGAGGACGAGGCCAACAUCUGGGGCAACGCCACGCUCACCCUGCAUCCCUUCGACGUCUCCACCACGCCGUGCAACACCUCGGACCCGGCCAUGCACUGCCAGUGUUCCGACUGCCUGCCCUCGUGCCCCGCCGUCCCCGAGCUCCCGCCGCCGACGCAGCAGAAGGAACCGCCCGUCGUGAGUGUGGACGCCCUCACGCUCUCCCUCGCCCUCGCCUACGCUAUGGUCGCCGCCGCCGUGGUGUCCGCUUCCUGCUUCUGGAGCAAGGUCGACCAGCGAGGAGAAGGGCAUCCGGACAACGCAGGGAGACGCAGGGUGGCAGGAGGUGCUCACGGCCGGCGUCGCGAGGGCCUCCAGAUCCGCGUUCUCGCAUCUCGGAAGGGAGACAUGCUAUGGGACAUUGCAAAGGUUGAAAGCUUCUGA